CCGUUGCGUGCGCGCUGGCCGAGCGUGGACACUGAUUGAGCUUGGCAGGCGAGGCCGCGCUGUGCGCGCUGGGGACCCUGCAUUCGAUGCCUCGUCGUCCGGACGCCCAGUGAGAGAGUGCUUGGAGCUACCGGGCGCGGAACAGGGCGGUCACGGCGACACCGGCCUGUACGAAAGCCUAUACACGAAUCCUUGAUAGGAACCUUGCCCGGGCGUCGUGGUGGCUUCCUGCCGGCAACUUUAUUUCUUUCGACUGGUCUCUCCUGGACGUCCUGAUCACAUGGCAACGACUUCGACACGCCCUUUGGCAGUACUUGCUGCACUGGUGAUCUGCAUCGGUUGGAACCAGCAGCUGUACGCCAGAGCACAAUUCGUCAAAGGAGGAGGCGUCAAGGGAUCCGUCAAAGGUGGCGAAGGAGAAAGCUUCCGGCCUUUCAAAGACGAACUCGGUCUCGGGUUUUCCGGUAAUGGCGGCACCAAGGGGUCCUCAUCAUUGAAAGGCUCCCUCGCUGGCACCAAGGGAGGAGCAACCAUGACAAAAGCUGGCACGUCAUCCUUCGGUUCCAAGGGAAGCUUCGGAUCGUCGUCUCUGAGCAGCAGUCAAAGCAAAGGUUUUUCGGAUUUGGUCAAAGGUAGCUUCGGCUCGAGCAGUCUUCAGCAAAGCCAGCAGUCCGCUGGGCUAAAAGGUGCGAAAGGAAGCAUCGGGUCGAAGGGCGAGUCCAUGAAGGGAUCAAGACUAAGUCAAGAGCUUAGUCAGAUAAAAGGCAUCAAAAGUGGUCUGGAAAGUCAGUUGACGAAAGGAUUCGUUAAAGGCGCUUCCGCGAGCGAUUCCAAGCAGAGCCGGCAGUCAUUUGUAUUAGGAGGGAUCAAAGGAGGUCAAGAUCUUCUUACUAAAGGAUCGACCAAAGGAGGGUCCUUGAGCAGCUUAUUGCAAGACCAGCAAUCGAGUGAAGUGAAAGGUACAAAAGGAAGCAGUAGCGUAAAGGGAAUUUCCAGAAGUCAGUUCGGAAUGAAAAAUUUCGCUAAAGCCGGCGCCUUCGGUGAUCUUGCGCAAAGCCAGAAGCAGAGUAGCUUGGGAGGCACUAAAGGUAGUGAUGGCCUGAAAGGAAGCCUGCAAAGUCGUUUUUCUGAAAGAGAAUCCUUCGGCAGCUUGCAGACCGGACAAAAGUCUACCGGAACGAAGGGUUUCAAAGGCGGCAGCGGUAAAUGGAUUCUGGAACAACAAACCCAGAAGUCACAGCGACUGGUCAACGACGGCGGGGCCUUUGGACUCGGUGGCAACGCUAAGCAGUCCUCUAGCAUGAAAGGCUCGCUGAAGGGCGGAUCAGCAGGCGGGUCCAGACAGAAAACGCAGCAGUCUAGCCUCGAACGUUUCGGCCACCAGACGCACCAGUCUCACUUCAGCUCUUUCAGGGCAAAUGGUAUUCUGAGAAGCGUACACUUUCAAGGACCAACAGGCCAACAGAAGCACCACUCACAGCAGACUUUCAGUUCGCAUAGGUGGGGCAGCAAGCAUGGCUUCGGUGCAUCGAAGCAGUCAUUUAGCAGCCAACGACGGCAUUUCGGGGAGACUGGCCUACUGUUUCGUACACAGCAGCAGCAGUCGAACAAGGGAGCCGCGUUCCGUCAAGUCGGGAAGAGAAACCUCUUGCAGCGGAGUCAGAAGCAGAUCAGUCAGAGUGAGAAAGAUGCCGGGUCAUUCCAACGUGGAAGCUCUCAGCUGACUGGCAAAGGACAAAGGCUGCAAAAGCAGGCGGCUGGUGUGUCCGGCUUUGGCUCUCUCUCGAAAGGCCAGCAACAGCGCGUCGGCCAAGCUAGCGAAAGUUCCUCCCUCUCCCGAAUCCACAAUGUCCAGGCAACAGCGCAGCAAGCGAUCGGCCAAAAAAGCCUGUCGGCAUCGAGUUUUGGUCCAGCAAAAGCAGUCUCAGGGAAGUCGAAACUUUCUCUGGAGUCUGGGCUCGUUCAGGACUUGAACUCUGCUGCGGCUUCACAGCAGAAAGCGUCUCAGCGGCAGAUGCAGUCAAACCAGGCCGCAAUGAAAAGGUCUUUCGCGCUUGGGUCUUUGAGUUCAGAGUCCCAGCAGAAAUCCAUGAAUGGACUGCUCCAGCAGCAGCAACAACAAGUGCAGCAGCAGAGGCGGUCUUAGCAGUGCCGUUAACCUAAUAUGGACAAAGUACAAGGCAUGGAAUUAUUUUCAGCAUGCACGUUUUUUGAAAGUCAAACCGUCGUAUACCUCACUUUCAACCAAUAUGUCCAAUAAAAAUAAUUUCCUAACU